CCGGAGAAAUGAUGAUAAUCUGAACAUAUUACAGUCGCCUCUCGUCGGAUCCGCGAGGAGGUUCCUCUUUCUCUCCCGUUGUCCGCUCAGUUUGUGGAAUGCUCCGCGUUUUCUCCCCGGGGUCGUUUCCACUUCAGCAUGGGAACUGCAGUGUCCAAAAGGAAGAAUCUGAGGAGUGAUGCGAUAUCUUCCGUGACCGCAAAAGUUAGAGCUGCCAGAGCAUUUGGAGAGUACCUGUCGAACACCCAUCCAGAAAACCACAACGGAGCAGAUCGUCUGUUGUCUGACACCUUCCCCAGCCAGGACUGCGAGUCUCCAGCCGUCAGCCGCCUACAUAACAACAAUCUGACACCUCAGAGCCACUGCUUACCCAAAGCUAAACCCAACCAGUGCAGCCAAUCUAAUCCUAGCAUUCACCAUCAGUCUCAGCCUCAGGUCAACACCCUCCAAGCUCAAGCACCUUCGUGCCCCUCGAAACGUUGCCUCUCUGCUGAACGCAGCCUCUCCAUUGACGAACCACCAGCUGCCAAAGGCCCGCAGAAGAGUGUGGUGGUGAAGCCAGCUAGGGUGUACACAAUCACCAGGGAAGGAGGGAUGACCCUGGGGGGCCGUGGCAGUGAGGAGAGCCUGGAGCUGGAGGUGCUGAAAGCCCCUGCCUCUGCCAACCACAACCCAUCCUGCACCAUCCAGCCCCCCGCUGCUGCCGCCCGCGGUAGCCAUCCCAGCAAUAGCCAUCAUCGCAGCAGUCACCACCAUGCUAGCCAACAACAUGGAGGCUCAACGUCAAUAUCACAGCCGUUGAAGAGCUCGGGGAGCACCAACAACAUCCGGGACUGGGGGAUGAGGAGAGGCGGGUCGCGGGACGACUACACCCCAGAUUGCGUUGCCUGUAUUCGGGCUCCGUGUCAGAGCCAGCGCUCCCUGGACCUUGAUACCUCACCACGGGAUGGAGGGAAGUCCCGCAAGAAACUGGAGAGGAUGUACAGUGAGGACAAAGCGUCCACAGAUGACCGGGAGGAACAUCCUAAUAGCUGGUUCCCUAAAGAGAAUAUGUUCAGCUUUCAGACAGCGACCACCACCAUGCAGGCAAUAUCGGCUUUCCGAGGCAUUGCUGAGAGAAAGAGGCGGAAAAGAGAGCAGGAGGCAGCCAGCGUGAUGGAGAGAAACUUCCGCAAACAACUUAGGAUGGUUGGCAGCCGCAGGGUGAAGGUCCAAACCUAUGCCGACCGCCGGGCCAGGAGUUUCAGCCGCUCGUGGAGUGACCCCACCCCUGUCAAGCCUGAGUCCCUGCAUGGCUCAAGAGACAGUGGGGAGCUUCAGACCUCCACAGGGACACUAGAUGAAGGGUUGGACGAGUAUUCCGAUUGGGAGGAGGAGAGGGAGUUGGAGAGAGUGGCUUGUGAGGGAGAGGACUUCUUGCCUCCUAAAGUCAUGCUGAUAUCCUCCAAGGUCCCAAAGGCUGAAUAUGUUCCCAACAUUAUUCGUAGGGACGACCCCUCCAUCAUCCCCAUUCUUUAUGACCAUGAACAUGCCACGUUUGAUGAUAUCCUCGAUGAGAUAGAGAAGAAGCUGACUGCCUACAGAAAAGGCUGUAAAAUCUGGAACAUGCUCAUUUUCUGCCAAGGAGGCCCGGGACAUUUGUACCUGCUGAAGAACAAAGUUGCCACCUUUGCAAAGGUGGAGAAGGAAGAAGACAUGAUCCAAUUCUGGCGGCGGCUCAGCCGACUGAUGAGUAAACUGAACCCCAAGCCCAACCUCGUCCACAUCAUGGGCUGCUACGUGCUGGGCAGCACUAAUGGAGAAAAGCUGAUUCAGACUCUUAAGAGGCUGAUGAGACCGGCUGUAGUGGAGUUCAAGUCCCCACUGGAGCUGUCUGCAGAGGGCAAAGAGAUGAUCGAGAUGUACUUUGACUUUCGUCUAUUCCGCCUGUGGAAAAGCCGCCAACACUCCAAGCUGCUGGACUACGAAGACCUCUUGUGAUUUGUUCCACGUUGCGUUGGCUUGUGGGCCGGUUAUCUCUUGUGGGCCGGUUAUCUCUUGUGUGAGCCUGCUGCAGGGCGACAGGGCUGAAGGGCCCGAGAUGCUCUGUGCAGAGCUGGAGCAUUGGCACAGCUGGAUAUUUUUUCCUCUGAAGCAACAGGGUGGCCCUGUAGAUUCAGUCUAGCAGUGUACCUUCUCUCCCUUAUCAAUUUUCACUUUCUACCUAUCUCUCAGAGAAAAGAGAAAGAGGAGGACAAGUAAAAGGAGGAGAUGCGAGGGACUCAUCAUCCUCGCCUCAAGAAGAUGCUUACUGCAGUUACAUUCCUGAAGAUGUUGAGCGUAACGAGUGACAGCUGAGAACAGAAAGAACUCCUUCCUGAGUUUUCUCGCUUAGCCAACUUAUCCGCUGCUUUAAGAUGGAGGCGUAUAAGGAUGCUGGUGUUUCCUUUAUCAGGUGUGUGCUUACUGCAGCCUUAGAAAGUAGAUUUCCAGCAUCUCUCGCUAUGUGAAAAUCUUGACGUUAGUCUAACUAAUUAAUUAAAAGUUGUGUUUUCAACACAUCUUUAAAUAAAUGUAUCAGUAUUCCGUACAGACUGUUUUAUUAACUCAGGUUAAACCCCUUGUUUGAUACUGAAAAUUGUACUCACUGUUGGCACAUACUGUAGAUCCUUUAUACUUCACACAGAGUCAUCCCCAGUGAACGCUGUGACUGUCAGGGAUGUCAUAUUUAGCCUUGAGUGAAAAGUACUUGUUUCCUUUUCUUUAAGUCUUUCAAGGGAACCAUGCAUUCAUAUUUGAACACUUUACUCCAUCACAUUAGACCAACACAGCCUACCGUUUGGGUUGCAUGUGUGUGCUCUUGAAUUGAUUUAUUUUAUGCUGGUUUGUGUACAAAGAGUGAUAAGAAACCACGAACACUUCCUGCUGCUCCUUUGAUUUAGAUUAAAGUUGAGGGACGAUUCAGGGGAGGAGUUCAGUUAUAAUGUAUAUUCUUAUUAUAUCUACUAUUACUAUUAUUUAAUAUGUGCUAUUCAUUCACAUAUGCUUCCACUUUUAAAUGUAAGCGUCCCUGCACGCUGUAAAUGGCUGACUGAGUAACAGAGGACAUACAAUAAUAUUUCUUAAGGACAUUUUUACUCCUAAAUAGUACAUUAAAGUAAUUGAGCAUUAUAUCCUCAUUGCCACUGAGGAUAUAAUACAGACCAUUAGAUAUUAUUGAAGUUAUUAAUCGCUGCUUUGGAAGUGUGUCUAAUGAAGGUAGCCAGACUGAACCCUUUACCUACCCUUAAAUGUAUUAGGUCAGUUAAAAGCAUAAUAUUACGUUUAAAUUUUAAAAAUGUAAGGUUCAACUUAAUAUUAUUACUUUCAACGAGCUUAAUACAGUUCAAAUUUGUUGACAUAAUACAUUUAAUUAAAGUCAACGGUUCAGUUUUUUCAGUGCAGAUUUCAGGACCAGGCUACAUUGGUAUUGUCCUUUGUGAUAUCCGGUUCCUAUCAUCAGCCGGGUUCUGUUUUAUUCUGUAUUUGAAUGAUUGGUUUAAUAUCAUGAUUAAGGUUGUGUUGCAUAAAAAUGCUUAAACUUUAAUACUGCAGCCAGCUCACAAAGUAGCAUGUAUGAGAGAAUACUGAUACUGUAUACAACUAAGAGCGUUUUGGUAUACAAUUUGUCGGAAAGGCUGGUUAACUUUUAGAGCCCAAUUGCAGCACAGAUUUUAUAAUGACCAACGUAGAACACAGCUGCUAUUUUUAAUUUCCUGCUUAUUAUAGCAAGGAGUCUUAUUACCACAAAAUCCAAGCUUUAUUUUAUAUAUGAUAUGUCUACUGCACUCUGCUGCUUCCAGUUCCUCUUAUUUCAUUUCAAUUCCAAUGGCUUCCACUUUGCCAUUUUUUGUGUAUGUGGUAAAUAUCCUUUUCUAAAUGAAAAUGUUUAAAAAUAUAUUAUUUGAUUAUUUCUUUUAAUGUUUUUAAAAUGAUUUUUUUGGACAGAUUUUUAAAUCCGCCUUGGAAGUUUUUCACAAGUUUGGUUCAGCAGAAUAACCUAAACAUAUGUAAACUACGUUUAGGAUUUUGGAAGUUUAAAAGCUAACGUUAGGCUAUAAACAAACUACAGGCUGCAGAUGGUCACCGCUAAGCUAAAGAUGGCUAUUGUUUGUCGUGAUGACGUUUAGUGGUAUCAUUUAGCUCCUUGUUAGCAACCUCCGUUUUUUUAAGACACAUAGAAGCUUUAGACAUUUAUGAGUGGAUUAUUAACUGACGUAUUUUAUGUUUUAGAACAAAACGUGAAAAUCUCCUCAGCUUUUGUUGAUCACCAUUCUUAUAUCAGGCUUUUAACCACAAACACGUUCAAAAUGCCUUUGAUGUUAAGAUGAGGGAACAACUAGUGGUAAAAUACUAACUCAUUUAUGUGUUUUAGGAUUCCUGCACUCCUUUAUUUAGCUACCGUCAAUAAAAAAGGUCAACACCUCCUACAUGACGGAAUUAGUGCUGUGGAAAUGUACUCUAUGCUGAAUGUGAAAUCAAUAUCUUGGUAAAAUCAUGUGAAAUGGUGAAGGUUUUCCCAUCCAUCCAAAGUAUUCAGCCUUUUGUUUGUGCUGGCCAUGAAAUCUGCAAUUAUUGCAACACUGGCUUUUAUUUCAAAUGUUAGGGUAGUGUAUAUUUAUUUCUUACAUAUUGCCAGUAGGUGCUCUUGAUAGAAUUGCUUGUUCACUAAAUGUAUAAAACACUUAAAUAUACAUUCAUGUUUAAUUAAAAAGCACAGUCCUUUUUCUUUGGACUGGUCCAUUGUAGCGCAGAUGCUAACGUUUCCUGACUGCUCCUGUGCGAGAGAACCUAUGCUGUGUUGUGUGCUCAGUGAACUCUUUGCCUAAAGGUAGGAUCUGUCCACGUUAUUGUGUGUACAUUCAGAAUGUUGCCUCAUUCUGAAACAAGUGCUCCAAACCUUACUUCUGUAGCAUUGUGUGAAUAUUUCUGGGUUUUUUAAAAAUCGGUAUAAUAUAUAAGGUAGAGAACGUUGUUCAGGUAUUGUAUUAGUCUUUAAGAUAUGGAAUUGAAAGUUUGUUGAUGAACUGAUGAUGAACUGUAACAAUGCCUGACUCAGCAUAUAUAAAUAUAUUGUUCUGCUUUCUCCACUGCCACAAAUCCCCCGAGCCUAAUGACAUAGCUGCUCAAUUCUGCUGCAUCUUACUAUGAUGCCCUCCAUCUGCUGCUGUGUUGGCUGUAAAAGCAAGUGGAGUUGGACAAAAAAAUUGGGUGUUUUCAUAUACAAGCGAAAAACCUCAAUAUAGAUUAGAGAAACGUAAUUACUAAUGCGUUCGUUGAGAGACACCCUCUUCAAAGCCAACUUUAUUGUCAAUUUUUCAGUUUGUGUGUACAGACAGAGAGACUGAAAUAUUGUUUCCCACAAUCCCUAGGUAUAAAAAAGUAAAAGAAAUAGAAAAAUAUGUAUAGAAAUAUGUAUAUAAUGUACAUACAAACCUGUACACCCAAAUUUAUAGUAUAUACAGCCCUAGAAAAAAUUAAGAGACCACUUCAGAAUGAUCAGUUUCUCUGGUUUUAAUUAUUUAUAGGUAUGUCUUUAAGUUACAUUAUUUUUUUUCUUCUUUUUUUAUAUUGUAUUCUAUAAACUACUGAAAAGUUUUCUCUGUGUUGGAAUUCAACACACACUGGAAUGGCUGCCAUACAUGUAGAGAUUGAGAUUUGAGAACAAUUUGGAGUGGUCUCUUAUUUUUUUCCGGAGCUGUACAUGCAUAAAUAUAUAUACACACAUGAAAAGGCAUAAAUAAAAGAAAAACAGUCUAAAUAUAACCAUUUUAAAAAACAGUUACUUCAAAAGUAUGCGGAUAUAUUAAAGAAAAUGUACAUAGUGCAAAAGAUUGUCCGUAGCAGCGUAAAGAAAGUCAUACUUCAAAAUGGUCAUUUGAUUCAUUGUGAUGACUACAGUAUGAGUAUUGGAGAAAGCAGAACAAAGUGAUAGAGGAGUUGAGCAGGAUAACCUCUGAGUCGUGAAAGGACCAUCUAGGCAAUAUUUUCUCAAUGCCGGCAACUUUGGGACAGCAGAGAACUACAGCCAGGAAGACAUAACUAAUAUCUCAGAAGUCAACAGACUCUUUAAUGAGGACUUGAAUCCAUACAAACGCAGGUUGAGCAAGCGAGCAAUACGCAGUUUGACACUAAAACAGUCACAAACAUAAUUACACAAAUCAAGACAUUGAUCUUUGAAAUCAUCCUGUUAUUACCCAAAUGAAACAGUGUGUCACCAUUAUGCAAAGAAGACAUUUCCCCCAGUUUGAUGGAUUAUUAAUAAGCGUGGUUGUGACUUCCCUGCUGCUCUUGCUGGUUUUGUGAAACUUGCCUGGGCUCAGCUGGGAGCGUGAUUGAGUUUCAUGAGGGUGAUGGAUUGAUUGCCCUGACACCUCCAGUCAAGCUGUGAUUGUAUUUUGGGAAGAGUGGCAAACAAUGCAUUUACGUAACGUCUGUUUCACUUUGCAUCAACUUCUAAGUCUUUUAACCGAGCACUACAUUUUGGAAAAACUUUCUUAGAUUAACAGACUUUAGACAAGAUAGUACAUAAGGUUCAAAGGUUUGUCAUCCAUGUGUCUUUAUAUAUAAAGCAUUGUUUAUUAUGGAAGGUAUAAUAGCAAUUAACAUUACCGUGUAUCUGGUGAUUUUGAUACUAGAAAAGUUAAUAAUAGUGUAUGCUUCUUCCUCAGAUAGACACUAUAGAUGGAACUUUAAUCCAAAUUCUGUCUGAACUACUUUCAGAGAAUAUUGUUGGUAAUAUUCUAAAAAUAUUGUGUUUUUUCCAUUAAACUCUAACUCUAAA